AUGCUACUGGCAAUGUUGGGCCAUUGGACCAUGAUCGGUGAGCCGAGAUACGCCCUCAUGAAGCCUGGCCAAAAUAUACCGUUCAUCUCGGACAUCGGAGCCCAGGAACUCAAACCGCUAUUCAUGAUCGGGUCCAUCACAACGGUCCUGCUCCUGAACCUCUCUUUCUACCAAUUCCUUCAAACGAAAGCAUAUACCAACAAACUUUGCACACACGGUUCAUUCCUUUUCACAAUCAUUGGAAGCAUCGGCUUGGUCAUGCUCUCCGUCCUCGAUAACAUCGCCCAUCAUCUCACACAUGAUAUCUGUGUAACAGUUUUCAUUGUGGGGUUCCUAGUCAGUGCAGCCUUGAUGGCCCUCGACUAUAUCUACCUGGGCAUCGCCCAUGCUCUCCGUGAGCCAAUGCUGCUCACAAGUUUCGGUAUUAAAGUGUCAUUCUUCGUCAUUGAACUCACUCUCAUUAUCGUCUUCCGUAUCGCGGAACACACCCACUACAACCAGAACAAUAUGGCGGCCACUCUCGAAUGGGUCAUCGCCUUUGUCUUCACUGGUUACAUUCUCUCCUUGAUCGUGGAUCAAUUGCCUUCUUCUCAAAGAAACCUCCAGGACCCAAAGGGCUACCAACAGCUCGAAAUGCGAACAAGUAUGAGCUUGCCUUGA